AUGGGGCUGCAGGAGCUUUCCAGGGACAUGGGCAGCCAGAGGAAAGCAUCAGCCUCUGGAUGGACCAGAGCAGAGAAGGAACCACAGCUUAGUCAGCUGCUCCAUUUCCAGUUCAAGGAGACAAUGAAGAGGAGGAAACGCCAGCAGGACAGGCUGGGCCCGGGAACGUACAACAUCAAGGACUUUCUGCAGGAGACGCGGCCCUCCAGCCUCCGUGGGAUCUGUAACACGAGGGAGCGGCGGGACUGCUUCCCGGGGCCUGGCACAUACAACCCCUACACCCUUCUAGAGGAGAGGGACAAGCGCUCUGCCAGCACGAAAGGGCUGAUGGACAGCAGGACGGUGAGGUGUGCCCUGCCGGCAACUACGGGCAGUGGUCUGGGACCCGGCACCUAUGACCUGCGGAGCAGCGUUGAUGAGAUGCUGCGCCGGGCACGUGGCCGUGGCCCCUGCCAGACCUUCUUCUCGGGUGGCAGGUUGAAGCCCACCAGUGGUGGCCAUCACACCUUGGAGCAGAGAGGCAUCAAGGUGAGCACUGGCACUGUCAAGGGUUUCCUGGAUGAGCUGAUGUUGAAGGAGAACAAGAAGAAAGGCUGUUUCAGCACCCUGUCAAGGAACCCGAGGUGCCCCACAGAGAGGAUCUUCUGGGCCACACUCAGCCAGUGUCCGAGGGAUGCGAAUUCAGUGGGGCCAGGCUCCUACAACCCAAAGCCCAUUGAGAGAUCAGAGUACUUCAGCCAAGCCCCCUUCUGGUCAUCUGCCAAGCGAUUUGACAGAAGAUUCUAUCGUCUCUUUACUGGGAAUGAGCAGAGCCAGAAACAGGAGACCUUCUCCUUCCAGAACCCUGUAGGUGUUGGUCGCUACGACAUCACCAACCAUGAAAAAUACCCUCAGAAGAUGAGAUACCAGUCUCUGUACCGGUGCGACGUGCAGCGGUUCCUCAGCAACUUGAUGCGGGAUGCCUACUUGCGCGAGCGGCUCACGCCUGUUGCUAAAAACAGCUGGAGUGAUUUGAUUUCUGCUCCACGUUGUCCAGAUACCUCUUAA